GCACAGAGAACUAAAGGGGAGUUUUGUUGGGGAGAGCGAAGGUUUGGAGCCUCCAGAGGACUUGCACAGCAGUAGCAAGCAGCAUCCACGGAAAAGCUCUCCUUCCGAGUCCUUCGAAAGCCCAAAGCUCAAGCAACCUUAAAGACAUGGAACACCAGCUACUGUGCUGCGAGGCUGAGACGAUCAGGAGAGCUUACCAAGAUGCCAACCUGCUCAAUGACAGGGUGCUACAGACAAUGCUCAAGGCGGAAGACAAUUACCUUCCCUCUGCAAACUACUUCAAAUGUGUUCAGAAAGAAAUUGUGCCUUACAUGAGGAAAAUUGUUGCCACAUGGAUGCUAGAGGUCUGUGAGGAGCAGAAAUGCGAAGAGGAAGUAUUUCCUUUGGCUAUGAAUUAUUUGGACAGAUUUUUGUCUGUGGAACCGACAAAGAAAACCAGAUUGCAGUUACUGGGAGCUACUUGCAUGUUUUUGGCUUCUAAAAUGAAGGAAACGAUCCCACUGACAGCUGAGAAGUUGUGCAUAUACACCGACAAUUCCAUACGACAAAGUGAAUUAUUGCAAAUGGAACUACUGGCAUUGAAUAAACUGAAAUGGGAUCUAGCGUCUGUAACUCCCCAUGAUUUCAUUGAACAUUUCCUUUCCAAACUGCCAAUCAACCAAGACACCAAGCAGCUUCUCCGUAAGCACGCCCAGACGUUCGUGGCUCUUUGUGCAACAGAUGUCAAGUUCAUCGCAAACCCACCCUCCAUGAUUGCGGCUGGCAGCGUGGCGGCAGCUGUCCAGGGGCUGCAUCUCAGGAGCACCGACAGCAUGCUGCUGUCCCAGAACCUCACUGACUUCCUGUCACAAGUCAUCAAGAGUGACCCGGACUGUCUUAGAGCAUGUCAAGAACAGAUUGAAUCCUUGCUGGAGACCAGCCUACGACAGGCACAGCAACACCAUGCCAUCUCCUCGGAAACAAAAACCAUUGAGGAGGAGGUGGACCUCUCCUGUACUCCCACAGAUGUGAGGGAUGUGAACAUAUGAGAGGGUGGUCCAGCGUGACAUUUGCCCAGCUAUAGAGGCCACAGAGAGGGCUAUGGAAAGAGGAAGUGCAGCGCCGGGCAGCCUGCCCAACAUACCUGCUCUCACACUCGCGCACCCACGCAUGCUGGUCAACAGCACGACGUGACGUCUCGUUAGGACGCCCAGCACACAAGAAGGGAUAAACGCUUAGCUUCUCUUUGCGACCAUCUUUACACUCUCUUCCUUUUGUCUGGCAAAAUGAUAGUAAAAAAAGUCCAAAAUGUUUUAAAGCAUAAAACAAAAACUUUAUUGAAAAAGAGCAAGUUGUAAUCAUGCAACUUACAAAGGCAUGCCACAAAAAUAGACAUUUAUACCAGACAAUUAGUUUUUUUAAUAUUCUACAGAUUGUUUGUGCCUACAAAUUUUUGGGAAAAAAAAGAAAUGUAGGUAUAGCAGAUUAUCUGUGGAGGUGUCUGAUGUCAGUUUUGUUAACUAUGUAAAACUGUCUGAAAAGAAGAGGCUUUUUGUUUGUUUGUUUGUUUCCUUAAGCAUAUUAUUAUACUUCAAAAUCCCGCUGUUUUGCAGUCUAGGCUUGUGUGUAUCUGCUUGCUUACACGUUUAGUCACUUUAUUACAUUGCUGUCUAGACUUUUUAAUUCAGUGUCCUUAGUCUUUAUCCUCUUCUCUUUGGAAACAGAUAAUGUAACCAUACAGUGUAUUUUUGUUUAGCAUACAAUAUUCUAUGUUAUUCCGUAGAAGGCUGUGGAUUGCUGGAGCUUUUGGCUUGUAAGGCGUAAUCAUUAACACUGCCUAUAUGAGACGAGCUAACUACUCAUUCAGAUGCAGCUUACAAAUAUGGGCAGAAAUGCUAAUGCAUUUUUUGUUAUUAAUAUAAAUGUACAUUAUACAGCAGCUAGCUACAAAACAAUAAGCUGAUCUUUAACUCAAAUCCUUAUAAAGCCCCCCAUGCCAAUCCACAGUCUAGUUUUUUUUUCAAUUGCUCUGUCUUACUUUCUAAAACCAUUCCAUUUAAAAGCACUUUCAGUCAAUUAAGCAUUACUGACUCUUUUGAAAACCAUGUUGGACAUUUACAAACAAAAUGGAAUGGUUUAGAAAUAAUGGCUGACUUGUAUCUGAACUGCAGAGCAGGUGUCUUUAACUAUGGUGUUAUCUAUAAACAGUGUGGCCAUUGUGGGGAUACAUAUUUAGGUGAAUGUGUUUGUCCAACUUUACUGUUGGAUUCACCACUUUUAUUCCCUCCUAGUUUGAAAGGACAGACCAAGGGGCUAUGCUCAGAAAUGGGGCCUUUAUGGUGUAUACUGUAAGUGCACCUGAUUACACAAGUCAGCGUUGUACUUCCUAUCGCUUGAAUUGCAUCUGAAGCAUUUGAAACACUAACGUAUGUAAUUUAUAGUUAUGUUAAAGACUAAGGACUAUUUAUUGCAAAGAAUCUCUUCUCGAGGCCAGUAUGGACUAUGAAAGAAUACCUAGUCUUUCUUUAUGAUUAUUUAAACCUGCCAAGUGCAUGAUUGCUAACAAACUGGUUUGUUAUAGUGUUUUUAAAUGCAAAACAGCUCCAUUCAAGUCAACGUGCCCUACCAAGAAAGGUAAUUGACAAUGCACAAGAAACACCAUAGAAACACCAUCAUUAAAUUGUUGUAUAGAAUUGGUGUCCUUGAGAAAAGGUGGAAAAAGAAAAAAGUAUUUUUCAGACGUAAUGCCCAACCCUCAAACUUAAAACUUUAGUGGCUAUUUGAAGAUUUUUGCACAAACUCGAAGAUGUAUUUUGCGUGUUUUGAGUGGUGGAGGAUGAAGAUAGAGGGAAAAUAAAUUGAAGUUUGUUGAGGGAGGAGGAGGUGAUGGCUUGAUGUAAGUGAGAAACUGCCGAAUCAAGGUGUUGAUUGUACAGAAAGGAAAAGAAAAAAAAACAAGAAUCGGAGUGCACACUCCUCUUAUUGAGCUGCUAUGGAGGAAUU